UCGUAAGGUAAGGAGUGCAUUCUUUCAAGUUAUGGAAUGGUAUCGAUAUUAAGGUGAAGGAAUGGUUAAUUGAGGUCCUAUGCCCAAUGUUUAAACACUUCUGCAGAGGCAGUCCUUUUUCGGAGUCGAUUCUCUAUCAAGGCGCGUUUCGCCUCCCGUCUCUCCGGUAAUACCCAUUCUUUCCUCUCCACUUCACAGCUGUCUUAACCCCACUAACCCUCUCGUCUCCGCUCGUCCCCCUGCGUGACCGAGAAGGAUGGAGAAGAGUUUAGUAGAAAUCUUCAAAGAGGACAAGUGCCUGUCGCCUCCAGUGGAAGAGUGUUUAUCAAACUCUUCCCUGCCGGACGCGCGCAACUUGACGCAUAACCACAACAACAGCAGCACCUUGGCGCACGAGCCCAUGUCCCCAAUUAUACCGGUAAUCACUGCAGUCUAUUCCGUGGUUUUUGUGGUAGGGCUGGUGGGAAAUUGCCUCGUCAUGUACGUCAUAAUCAGGUACACCAAGAUGAAGACGGCCACUAACAUCUACAUCUUCAACCUGGCCCUGGCCGACGCACUGGUGACCACCACCAUGCCUUUCCAGAAUGCCGACUACCUGCUGAACUCCUGGCCGUUCGGCGAGGUGGUGUGCAAGGUCUUCAUCUCCAUCGACUACUACAACAUGUUCACCAGCAUCCUCACCCUAACCAUGAUGAGCGUGGACCGCUACGUGGCCGUGUGCCACCCGGUGAAGGCGCUGGACUUCCGCACGCCGCUCAAGGCCAAGGGCAUCAACGUGGGCAUCUGGGUGAUCUCCUCGGCCGCCGGCAUCCCUGCCAUGGUCUUGGGAGGCACCCAGACCAACAAUGGCACCACAGAAUGUGCCCUGCAGUUCCCCGACCCGUAUGACUACUGGGACACGGUGAUGAAGCUGUGCGUCUUCGUGCUGGCCUUCGUCAUCCCCGUCCUCAUCAUCACCGUCUGCUACUCGCUGAUGAUCCUGCGCCUGCGCGGCGUGCGCAUGCUGUCUGGCUCACGGGAGAAGGACCGCAACCUGCGGCGCAUCACGCGGCUGGUGCUGGUGGUGGUGCUGGUGUUCGUGGUGUGCUGGACGCCCAUCCACAUCUUCGUUCUGGUCAAGGCGCUGGUGGGCGUGCCCGAGACCACAUCCGUCAUGGCCGCCUACUUCUUCUGCGUGGCGCUGGGCUACACCAACAGUAGCCUCAACCCGGUGCUCUACGCCUUCCUGGACGAGAACUUCAAGAGGUGCUUCAAGGACUUCUGCUUCCCCAUGCAUCACGGCGCGGGACGGGGGAGGAGCGGGCGGCAGGCCAGGGGGGGCAGCGGCGGCCGCAGCAGUGGACGAGGAGGUCAGGGGGAGCCAGGGAUGCGUCAGCUGACCCCUCGCCCUGAGGAGAGCCCGCCGCGGAGCGCCAAGCCGGCCUGACUAGCCGUGGAACUGUCCUCCAUCACGCAGGUGGGGAAGGAGGACUCGCCCGAGAUGGGGCUGACACAGAUCUCCUCGGCUCUAUGAUACGAUCCCCCCGCCGGGGUGUGGUGUGGUGGUACACAGUCAAAAGAGCUUCGUUGCAGGCAACUGGUCUUCCCUUUUUGAAAAUAUUUGGUCUGCUCAUCUCUCAGACUUUGUCAGUUCCUCUUGGUGAGUUUGUCUGAUGGAGUAGCAGACGAAACGUUCCCAAGCUGCAGUUGACUAUAGCUAAACUCUUUUGAUUAAGAUGACCAGGAUGAAUGAGAAUCUUCA